AAAAGGCUUUGUUUGAAAACUCGAAUUAAAAACACCCACCCAAUCCAUACCUUCCACACUUUUGCAGAGCCCAUACCCCCCGGAGGCACAACCUCAGAAAUCAUGUCGACCCCAAAUUCGCGUCGGCCCUCUGCACCCGGCAUCACAAUCCCGCAGUCCCUACGAUCCUGCUCAUCGUUCUCCGUCGAACCAAAAUCAGAGUUCCUUCGUAGUGCACUCGAGGCUAGGAGGGCAAAGGAUAUCGCUACUCCUUCGCCAGCAGAGUCUCGGCCCACUCCAAAACGCAUUGUCACAUCAUUCACGCCGACGAGCGAUCCAUGGCUGGACCAGGCUCUAUCGGAGGAAGAUGCACCGCGCGCAACACCCAUCAGAAGGCCUCGGCGGCCGAGCGAAGGAGCACUUCCGCGCAUGCCUACGCAGAGAGAGUUGCAGACUGAGACGGAGGCCUUGAAGAAUAACAUGUUCAAUCUGAACUUGAAAUUGGAGCUGCUGAAGAAGCAGAACAACGAACUCAAGGAUGCGCUCGAUGAAGCGAACAAGCGCAUUGAAGAUCUUGAGCCAUUGGAAGAUGAGAACUACGAUCUUCGCGACGACAACAAUCGCUUGAAGCUGCGCAUGCAGGAUCUUGAAGAGGAGAACAUACAACUCAACGACGCGAAUGCCGAAAUUCUGAAGAUCCAGGAUGAAACCAUCGCCAACUUGGAGAAGCAACAUUCGGCGCUUGAUGAGGCCGCGGACAUGAUCUAUCAACUUGAAAAAGAGAAAGAGGAGAUGACGAAAACGAAUGCCCAAUUAGCGGACCAGGUCGCAGCAUGUCAGCAGUUCGAAGAUACUCUUGACGGCCCAUCAAGCGAUCGAUUCCCUGGCCGCAUCCAAAGCAUCGAUGAUUCACGACCAUCGACCAGUCACUUUGACUCAGACUACUACAGCCAGCCAGGCUCGCCCCAAGUAAAAGUCAAGACCAGUCGAGAUCUCCCGCAGUGUUCGGAGCGAGCAAAGAAUUUCUUUGAAAUGAAUCUCAACGGGAAGAAAUCCGUCAAAGAGCUAAAACAGCGGGUUUCAGAUGCCUCUAUUAGACACAAAGCUCGACCGAGGUCUCCUGUCCCAGAAGUGCCACAGAUUCCUGAAGGAUACGAAGGUGUUGAUCGAGUUGCCCGACCGCAAAAGGAGGCAGUGCAUACUCCUACUCGACGCCAUCGAAUAGUUCCACCACCGCAACCUGCUCUCAACACUGUUGGACUAUCGCCUGCCAAAUCCAGCUCAACUGCCCCGCGCACGCCAACAGGACCCAAAGAAGGGCUGAGAAGGAUGUUCAAAGAAGGCCGGGUAGUGGAACGUUCGCGCCCACCCUCAAACCAUCCGAGUCCAACAUUGUCGCAUAAGGCGUCAAUCUACUCGGCUUUACCGUCGCCGUCACAAACUUCCGUUACAUCACUUCCUAGCACUGAUAACCACAUUCCUCAAUUAUCGUCUGGCGAAAGGUUGCGAGGUUCUUCUAGCGCAGACGCACUUCACUCCACACCCGCCCCGCCAGAGAUUUCUUACCCUGUGCCUCCAUCCGUCACAACUGACGACCUGACCUCGGAGGUCGAUUACCGAGAGAAGUGGUGGAAAGAUGUUCGAAACGUGUAUCCUCACAAUAGAGGGGCAGCAGAAUCAACCCAUGCUACACGCCCCAGUGGCGGGUCCGGGAUGCAGCGUGAUUUCUUUUUCAACGGCGCAGAGAACGAGGAUCAGUUCAUGCGGCGUGCACAGGGCUAUAUGCCUAGGCGGAAAUAGGGAAACUAAAAGUCGGGUUCUGCACCGGUAGGAGGUAAUUCUGUUUUUCUUUUCCUCUUUUGACAUUGGUUGGCUGUGCUCAGGAGUCAUGGGAGGCAAAGGCGUUCAAUUGAGAUGGGUAUAAACAUGCUCCGCGAGGAGAUUCUUUUCUUUCAAUACCAAUGGGCUUUUACAUGGGUGGGGACAGGAGAUAAAGAGUAUAAUCAAUCAAUCACACA